UGUUGUAUGUUUUUACGGUAACUAGGCCCUAAAAUAAAGGAAGAAAAGAAUAUUUAUUGCCCUUGUAUACAGCCGCACAGUGCGCAUAUUAUAGCAGCUAACACAGCCGGUUUAGGUCUACAAACUUAACAAUGACAUGGAUAUUUAAAAACAAAAACUGUUCUAAUUCUUAGAUUUCAUUACCUAAAUGUAUUCAAACAAAAGCAUAUUACUACCGACAGUUGCUGACCACCUGGGACGCAAACAAAAGAUAAGAAAGCCUGGGAUUUUUUUUUGGAACCUUUAGUUCGUCGGUGUUUAUCUCGGAUUAUUUAGUCAAAAGAUUAUCAGUGUCAUAAAAUACUUAUUUUGCAACUUGCCUUUGAUCGCAUUGUUCUAAAUUCAGCAUGAGAAAAUAUAGUUACUGAGCCGAAAUAGGUGUAGUAGGGGUGGUGGUGUUGGAGCCAAAAUAAAUAAUUCUCACUUACGCUCCUACCUUCGUCCAGAGCAGACAUUUAUUGUAUAUUUGUUCAAACGUUAAAAUGUCAUCGCGACGCAGUUCAGCUGAAAUCGAAAGGGACAUCAGACAAAUAUUUGGUGACGACUUCUAUGAUGAGGCCUUACCAUCAACCGCUGCAGUACGCGACGAGAGUGAUGCCACCUCAGCCACUUCAGCUAGUUCACUCGAAACAGAGGUCAGGAGUCCUACUCCGAAUACCAGCCUUACUUCAGAAGACUCGGACGAGUGGACCGAAGACGAGUGGACUGCUGAAGAGGUAGAAAGGGAACAGUUUCCAGCGCCACCGGAGCCUAGACUGAACAUCGAAAAUCCAGAAAAUAAGGCACCUUUGGAUUAUUUCAAGGUAUUAUUCAAUAUUAUUUUUUUAAAAAAAUUGGCAGGUUGGAUCAAUGGGCAUGCAAGUGUAGUCCAGAGUAGACCUCAUAAGCCUCAAAGUAGGAUAAAAAAGUGGAAAGAUACAAAUGAAACGGAGCUAUUAACAUUUUUGGGUAUUCUUUUUUAUAUGGGAACAGUACGAUUGAAUAGAAUUAAUCAUUACUGGAGAAAAACUCAUUUAGCAACAUUUUCUUUAGGUAACUAUAUGAGCAGGAAUAGGUUUCUUCUUAUUUUGAGAAUGCUAUAUUUUACAUCUGAAGAUGUUUCUCGAGAUAUUUAUUUGGCGGUCGAACCAUUGAUAGAUUAUUUUAAUCAGUUAAUGAGUGAAAUAAUCUAUCCUAGCAAAGAACUUGUAAUUGAUGAAUCUAUGGUUUUGUUUAGAGGACGAUUGGCAAUACGGCAAUACAUAAAAAAUAAGAGACAUAAAUUUGGCAUCAAAUUAUACGUCUUAGCCGAUCCACAUGGUCUCGUGCACAGGUUACACAUGUAUAAAGGUUCUGCUGAUACUGAAGUUGGGGGCAAAGGGCAUGUAGAUAAAGUUGUUUUAAAAUUAUUAGAGCCAUAUUUAUACACUGGUCACUCUGUAUAUAUGGACAAUUUUUACACAAGUGUAGGCCUUGCAGAAAAUUUACUUUUGAAAAAAACAUUUUGUACAGGCACUCUCCAAUGUAAUAGGAGAAAAAACCCAGCUGUGGUGACCAAAAAAAAAUUAUCCAAAGGUGGAUUUAUUUAUCGUUAUAAUCGGAAAGGUGUUUGUGUUAUGAAAUGGAAAGAUAAAAGAGACGUUUUGUCGAUCUCUACUGAGCACUCACAUAGAAUGACAGAGGUAGUAAGACAGCCGAGAUCACGUCGCCGCGAAGCUGGCCGGUCGGUUGUGACAUCAAAGCCCAUCAUGGUGGUUCUUUAUAACCAAUUUAUGAAGGGCGUUGAUCGUCACGACCAAAUGCUGUCUUACUACACUUGUGAGCACAAAUCAAUGAGAUGGUUUGCGAAAAUAGGCAUUUAUAUUCUACAAACUAUGUUUGUGAACGCGUAUUUUUUGUAUAGGCAAGGUACAAAUAGGGCGAUUUCUUUGGAAGACUUCAGAGAAAAAGUCAUAUUUGGACUGUUGCCUCCAAAAAAUAUAAGCAAUCCACGACCAACGUUUCCGACGCACAUGCCAUCUCCUUUGGAUCGCAAUGAUAGCGGGUGCAUCAAACGCAGAAACUGCGCGAGAUGUACAAGCCGAAAAAAAAGGAGAUUAAGUGGCAUGUACUGCCCGGACUGCAACGUUGGGCUGUGCAUUGAUUGUUACAAACCGUAUCACGAAGAAAAUGGAUUAUUGGGUUAGUCCAUUUUGCUCGUGAUACUAGUCUUCCGGGCAUAUUUUGUUGAUUAUUUUUGCCUAUUUUAGUAAACCAUGUUUUUGCAUUUUGUUCAGCGUGUUAUCUUUUUAUUUCAAUCAUAAACAUUUUUAUUCCGACAGCGAUAAUAAUCUAUUUUGGAUAGUUUUUUUUUCUGUUUUUUUUCUGUUAUUACUUGGGUUGCAUCUGUUUAUGUUUCUUUCAAAUAUAAAUUUUAUGUAAUUGGCUAACUUGUCUGUGCACUUUAUCUAACUUGCAACCUUUGCCUCCCAUAUUCAAUAUCAGGUCAACUGCAUACUGUGUCAAUACCUGUGCUACUUGAAGCUUAGGACUGUUAAAUGUGUAACUUGAUCCUCAUUCAUGACUUAUUUUUUUUAUUACGUAUUAUCAAUCAUUCUUUUAUAAUAGAACCUGGAUCCUUUCAUUUCGUAGUUAUUUGCUGGUGGUUCAAUUUUCAAAUAGAUGUCUUGAUUAACAUUUUUGUUCUAAUUUAUGCCAUCCUCAAAAUUCGUAAGAUUCUUUUGUUCAUAUACUUAUGUUUUGAUAAAUUUGGCUAAAAGAUUUUUCUUCAAGUAUUUAAUCAUUUCAAUAGCACUGUACUCAUUGAAUGAGAAUAUUCAAAAUUUUGGCUUCCGUUUCAUUUAUCUCCUACUGUUUAUACUACUUUGAAGUUUCGGGUACCUGAACUAUCUUUGCACGAAUCUUUGAUAAAACUUGCUACUUUAUUUAUAAAAUAAUAUUGUUUAAAACAUUGAUAUCUAAAGGGCAUUAUUUUUUGAAUUUUCAAUGUUUAGUAGCUCGUCUUAGCCUUAGGCUGAGAUUUUUAGAGUGUACUCUGACUCUACUCGGACUUGACAGUUUAUAUAAGACAGAUUUAUGUCAAGGACAUAUUUAUGUCCCGUUUUUA